UCUCAACAUGUGUUUGCUUAUAAUGGUGAUAAUAAUGACUAUAUACAGAUUUCCUGCCAGUGCUGAUCUUGAAAGAUUCUGUAAUUUAGAAAAAACGCACGAAGGUCCACAUCCUAAUGGUUUCUGUGGUGACGGCCUUGAUCAGGUGCUCAGAUUGGUAUGUGGUAGUCCUUUCAAGCGAUCGUCUCCAAGUGGAGGAAUAGAAACAUUAGUCAAACGGUCUUUGAGAAAUAAACCAGUAACAUUAGAUAAAUUUAACGCGUUGUCAUUCUUGAAACGUUCAGGAUUUGGUAGACAAGGAAUAACGUGUGAAUGUUGUAACCAUAAAUGUAAUAUAAUUGAACUUGGUCAGUAUUGUAAUGCGCUGCCAUAAAUUAUAAUUUCAUAAUACAGGAUCAUAACAUUCGACAAGAAACGAACCUUACAGCCAAUAUUCUAAAUAUGAAUACAAUGGAGUCUUAUGAGACAAUUAACGAACGAUACCUUAGUAACAGUCGGCAGAAAACAAUUACAAAGCUGCAUAAAAGAUUAAAAGUGGAAUCCUAUUGACUAGACACAUCAUCAUCAAUUAUACUGAUUUCCAUAUGAGCACGAGCGAAUGUCGUUAAUAAUGAUUUUGAUAAAAAAUCUCACACAUUUUCAUUUAAAAGACUCGAAAAAGACGCCUUUAGAACUGUAUUAAACCAUCUAUUGUGAAACUUGAAAGAUUUGGAACAGAUUGCCAAAUACGGAAGGCUGGUAAUAUUGACUUUAUUGUCCUUCCAUACUAUUUUCAUAUUCUGUUUUCCUUUCUACACAAUUCCAAUUAUCAGUAUGAAUUUAAUGUAUUAUAUAUUCUCUCACUUUUCUGCCAUUUACGUCUAUAUAUUACUGAAAUUAUGAUUAUAUGUACAUAACUGAUAAUUUAUGUUAACUUAUUCAUUUUUCUGUAUCAUAAUAAGUUUACCGUGAAUAAAACAUCUAUGACGCAAUAUUUAAAUAUGAUUACCAUGGAGUCUAUAAGACAAAGAUGUCAUCUUAAAAACUUUUUUUAACAUCACGU